UUCAGUUGGCGCGUGUUUUGAACAGUACGCACUCUUGGGUGUAAGAUGAUUAGUUCGGUAACUCUAUGAGGUUCUUAGAAUUGAGAUUGCGAUAAGGUCAUCACCAGAUAGAUUGCCAUUAGCCACAAAACCAGAUUAUGAGCAUAACCAUCGCAACAUAUUGCUCAGACGUGUCAGCUUGAUUAAGUCUUUAUCAAACACCUGUCAGUUAAAUUAGCAUCUCAAUUGUUUUAACUGCACGUUUAAAGUGACGCUUUGUUUACACCUCUAUACCAAAUUAACAUCUCAUUUAUCCAACGAAAUCCAUUGGUGUUGGUGACAAGUAAUUGCGAUAUAAGUGGAAGUAAGGAAACACUUUCCAUUGUCUCAGACAAAGGGUUUCACACCGGCCGGAAAUGGUGCCUUUUAUAGCUUUAUUUAAUACGUAGAUCAAGUUGAACAAAGAAAAUGGUUUCACCUCACUGGCCACUUUAACGGAGACGUGAGCAGAACGUGAAAGAAACACCGUUGAAAGUUUAGCCGGUAAAAGCUUACAACGACCCUUCAUAGCGGGAAGUGACCUCUGAAAUGCCUGCGAGUGAGGCAUCUAGCAGACGCAGUUCGGUGACUGCGGAGGCACAAGGAAAGCCAUCUGUGAAUAUACUUGAACCCGGCGCCAGACAAGUGCGCACGCAUUCCGCUUCUUCAAAAGCAACCAGAAGAAAAUCCGUAACUAUGUAUCCAAGAUCGCACCAAACAGGCCAGAGUGAAAUUCCAAAUCCAUUGCCGCCAAACAUCGCCAAUACCUACAGAUUGGGACCUGACAAGGACAAACGUUUUUGCUGUAAGGAUGUGAAGGACGCCAUCGACAGUGUUUUGGAAAGCCAGCUCAAAGGACUGCCUUACGAUCCUGAAAAAUGUAAGAGUAUGCUGCCGAGCAUAGCAGACGAAAUCAAGGACAAGGUCAAGGUGCUGGGCUUCGAGAGAUUCAAACUGGUAUGUAUCGUUACCAUCGGGCAGUUGAACAAUCAAGGCAUACGAGUGGCGAGUAGGUGUCUUUGGGACACCGAAAAUGAUCGCAUGGCAACGUCUUCGUACUGUGGCAAUGAUCUCUUCGCUACAGCAGCCGUGUUUGGAAUAUAUCGAGAAUAGCGCCGGUCAGUCAUCAAGUGUGCGUACCUGAGUGAUUUCCACACAAGUAUUGGGUGGUGUGUUGUGCUUGGGCAAUGCUGACCUUAAUCAAUUCUAGAGUAAGCGUUGCUUUGCUUUCACAUUUUUUUGUUAUGAAAACGACGACCCGGAUACAAAAGGGAAAAUUCUCCUAUCUCGCUGGAGGCUUAGUAAAAAGCUUGAAAAGUAAAAAGUAUGUCUAGUGAUAUAGACGGCCACGAUUUGCCUCUAAACUUGAAGCUACAAAUUUAUUUUCGUAUCUGUCUCUGUCUAUUUUGUCGAUGCUUCGAUAUUCAAGGUAGUAUUAUCACGUUCAUAAACUCUCAAAUUAUUUUGCUUGUGUUACACUGAUGCACUUCCGCUUUUUGAGACUACAUCAGUUUAUUUUAUAUAUGUGUGAGCGGCGUGAGUUUUGGCACGAGCGAAUAUUCACCAUGUUCGAUUUUCUCAAGGCUUUUCUAACACUUUCACCCGAAAUUUGAAACUAUUUAAAGUGCUUCUUCUAAGCCAAGUUUUAUUUUCCGAACUGCGAAAACCAAACAACAACACCACGUACACUAGGCUUUCAUUUACAGCAGACUUCAUUUAGAGUUAUUAACUGACUUGAAGUUUGAAAGACUUGAAGGUCUGACUAGAUAGAGCUCUAUGUAUUCUCAUUGUGUUUGUCUAGCCUCCUGUGUUUGUAGUGCUCUUAGCGGUAUCUUUCAUCUUGUACCCUAGAUUUCUUAGUUUUAAGUCUUUAUGAUAUUUGUUUGCUCGAUAUCGUGGUGGGAUGUUAAUUGGAUAUUAUAUUGGUUUUGCGAAGAAAAAACCCCUCGAGGGAAACUGAUCACGCCAUAAACGUAGAGUCUCCAUGGAAACCAACUGGACUUUACACGACUCAUUAAGGAUCGCACGCGUGAAACAUGUGUUUUCUGAAUAGUUCGCUGUGUUCAGCGCAAUGUAGAACAGUCGAGAUGUUGGCAAAUGCAUUGCACGGGUUAAUUGACCGGAAAAGUAGUCUUCACUGUGAUCACUGUCUAAGUUAUUUCAUGGGUUUAUUUAUUUUUUCAAUGCUUUCUUAUAUUAAAUUAAUACCGCUAGAAAGGAAAAAAAGUAGUCAUGUAUUAAGGGAGCUACUUCAUGGUUUGCCGCAUCUUGAAACGUUUGGGCUAAAUCUCUCAAGUUCGUCGUUUGUAAUCCGUGUUAAUCACUCCAUCCUUAACCAUCCUUGUUCCUUUAUGGUUUAUUAUUA